AUGGCUACUACCAAACAUUCUGGCGAGGAGAACGGAAUCAUCACCCUGGAUUCCCACAAAGGCAACUUUUCAGGCGUUGCGGAGGACAAUGUUUCUUCGCAUGAAGGGAAAAUCGAGCCACUUGACAUGGUAGCCAGGCCCAUGCCCGAAGCGCUUCGUGAUCUCGAUGAGGCUGAGAUUCGGAGCCUUCAGCGGAAACUGGUCCGCAAGAUUGAUCUCGUCAUCCUACCGACCAUCGGCAUCUUGUAUAUCUUGAACUACAUUGACCGACAAAAUCUGGCAGCGGCCAAGCUCCAGGGAAUCACAACCGAUCUCGACAUAACCACAGAGCAAUUUGCCACGGCGGUUUCGAUCCUCUUUGUCGGGUACCUGCCUUUUCAGAUCCCCAGCAACCUCCUCAUCACCAAGAUCUCUCGCCCAGGAAUGUACAUCUGUGUCGCAGUCAUCAUUUGGGGCGCCAUCUCGGGUGCUACGGCGGCGGUGCAUAACUAUGGCCAACUCCUCGCUGUUCGGACCAUUCUUGGCAUUGUCGAAGCAGUCUUCUUCCCCGGGGCGAUCUACUUCCUAUCCGCCUGGUAUACCAAACACGAACUCGGGAAGCGAAUUGGGUUCCUGUAUAUUGCUCAACAGGUGGGCAAUGCUUUCGGUGGUCUCUUUGCCGCGGCCAUCGGCAAGCUCGAUGGCACCCACGGAAUCGCUGGGUGGAGGUGGUUGUUCAUCGUCGAAGGUAGCGCUACCGUCGGUAUUGGAACCAUCUCUGCCUUUCUUAUGCCUGAGUUCCCCCACAACAGUCGCAUCCUCUCUCAGCGGGAGCGUGACCUUGCCGUGUGGCGAAUCGAGUCCGAGUCCGGUGCAGCAGAGGGGUCCGAAAGAGAAAGCGUACUGCGUGGGUUUGCUAAAGCGCUGUCGGAUCCCAAGCUGAUUCUGCUUAUCAUUUGCAACAUGUUGUCCCAGGCCCAGGGCUCGAUCGCUAACUACUUUCCCACGCUCAUCAAUUCCCUCGGCUAUGGAUCAACCGACAGCUUGCUGCUGACUGCACCGCCAUACGUUCUGGCGGGCUUUGUCUACUACGGGAUCACCUUAUGGUCCGAUCGCAAGAACACGGUCUAUCCAAUCAUCCUCGGCUGCAUCUCGAUCGCGAUAACCAUGUACAUCAUUCCCAUGGCCACGACCAAUGUUGGGGCGCGGUACUUCUCGAUGAUGAUUCUUCCAUUUUCGUCGGUAGGCCCGCAAAUCCUCAUGUACAAGACGAUCAGUCUUCAUCUCGCACGACCAAUCUCGAAGCGGGCCGCCGCCUCGGCGCUGGUUAAUGCCAUCGGAGGUACGUCCAACAUUUGGGCCUCAUACCUAUACUACCAAGCUCCACACUUCUAUGCGGCGUUCGGCACGCUAAUGGCCUGCGCCUUCUUGUUUGCGGGCACGAUCACCUUCUACCGCUGGCUGGUUUUGCGCGAAAACAGACGACUUGAUUCAGGAGAUCCACAGCAGAUUGCCAAGGUUAUCCGUGGUGGUGUAACUGAGGAGAUGGUGGGUUUGAACUGGCGAUACGAGAUGUAUUGA